GAAUAUUUUUACGUAAUUGUCUAUCGGUAAGAUAUGGCUGGUUUCUGAAAGGAAUGUACAUUAUUCACGUGUACAUUAUUGUCAGCUGUUUUGCGAGACGGAUUAACCUGAGUACAGAACGUGUUCCUCAGAUAUAUCGUUUAAAUUUUGCCAGAGCUACAAAUAACUUCGUUGUAUAUGUUCUAUACUACCUAAUUUCGGUUGCCUCGUCCGACAAUCGGACGUUGCGCAAAGGUCCGUGGCCCCAGUUUGCGGUCUUGUCAAAUAGCACCGAGUGAAUCAGUCAACCCACAUCCCCGCAUAUCCGUACUGUGGGAAGCAGUGCAGCGGCAAAUGUCCCGCUUGGUACAGUGCAUGGUGAGCACUAUUAGGGUAAACACCUCAUUAGUAUUCAAGUUGGUACAACUUCAACGUACCUUCUACUUCCGGGGAAAAUAUGCCGAAUACGACGCCUAAUGAUGAUGCCAAUAAAAUAAAUAAUAGUUUUCUUUAUUUUGUGCUCAACAUCAAGUGCUACAGGCUCGUGAAUACUAAUGAGGUGUUCACCCGGACAGUGCUCACCACUGUACCUGCCGGAACUCCGUGCCCGCUACUGCCGACACUUUCCUUGUCGCCAGUAUUUGCCUUUUACUUUGUGUUAGCCAUCGCAGACAACAGCUACGCCUUAUAGCUUUCGGCGCUUCUGUUUACCGUCAAGCGUGUUCGGCGGCCGAGUUUGUAAACACGAAAUCCGAGUCGCACAUAGCAGACGAAAGAGUCAACAGUACACGCAUACCUCCCGCGGCAACCGCCUCUCCACAAAGCGUGCAUUCCUACGUGCCGUGCAGGACGAGUCCCUCUCCACCAGCACAGCCAACAUCGCGAGGAAGUGCGGUGGCAGCUACGUAGCAGCGUCGUUAGCUGCGUUCGCAACGAAGGAGCAAGCCCGUAGCCAACCGGGGACCAGAGAUCGCUCGGUUGCACCGGCGUCCAGCCAGCGAGCGCGGAUAUCAGCGAGCCGUGCCCCCAGCUCGAAGAAGGCCCAGACAUGUCGGUGUCGGUGUCCCCUGCCACCGCAGCGGAAGCGGCAGAGGCCGGUCGGCCGCACGCUGGCACGCAUCUCAAGCAUCAGCAGCAGCAGCCAUUGUGGGAGCGCGAGGACGAGGCGUCCUCGCGCCUGACGACGACCGUGAAGGGUCGCCGGUGUUCGCUCAUCGUGCUCCUCGUGCUCAUGCUCGCCGUCAGCCUAGCGCUCAUUGGAGCGUUCGCCGUGUCACGAAAUCGGCGACAUGAUGGCGAUGAGGGCGCCCUCUACCUGACUCCCCUCGUGGAAAGCAAGCGGGCGACCGAGGCCAGGCAACUCAGCGUGGUGCCCAUGUUCUCCAACAAGGACACGGGAGCUGAGGCCCACGCGGGCCUGGUCACCGUCAACGAGACACUUCAGAGCCACCUCUUCUUCCUGCAUGUGCAGGCCAGGAAAAAUCACAUCGAAGCCCCCCUGCUACUUUGGCUCCAAGGAGGUCCCGGAAGCUCCUCUCUGUUCGGUCAUUUCCUCGAAAACGGGCUCGUCGCCAUCGAUGCCCACGGGAAGCUGUACCCGAGGGAGAGUACUUUGUGCGAGUACGCGAACGUGAUUUAUCUGGACGAGCCCGUGGGAGCCGGGUUCAGCCGGACCAGUGACAUCAAGGGUUACCCGACGAGCCUGGAAGAGAUUGCUCGGGACAUCCACGGGUUCCUGGUGCAGUUCUUCCGGCUGUUCCCCGAGUACAAAGGGCGCGACUUCUACGUUGCUGGCGAAUCCUAUGGAGCUAGAGCCGCCGUCGCUCUGGCCAUUCGAAUGCAUUCAAACCCAGACCUUCCGGUAAACCUGCGAGGCAUCAUCAGCGGCGUCGGUUUCCUGGGCCCCAUAGUGGACUUGGUUGACCUGUCCGACUACUACCACCAGUUGAGCCUGCUCGACUACCACGGCUGGCAGGCGUACACCACUCGAAUGGAGACCGCCAGGCAGAUGAUUAGUGACAACCGCAAGCUGGAAGCUGUGCAGCUGCUCUUCAAGACCGCCUUCGUUUCCAGGGGGGAGGGAAGGGGUCCAACUAUGUUCCAGCGGCUUACCGGCUACUCUUACGACGGAAACGCGCUGCAGAGCGUCGAACCGGCCGAGUUCGCGGCUUACAGGGCCUAUGUAGCCAGCGAAGUCUUCAAGUACGCCGUGCACGUCGGUCGCAAUGCCUUGUUCGUACGCGAACCCCUCCUCGACGUGCAGCUCAGCGGGGACUUCGUGAGGAACAUCACGGACAUCGUGAGCACACUGAUGGACAACUACCGGUUUCUGGCGUACGCGGGUCAGCUGGACCCGACCUUCUCGGCGGCUCGAAUCGAAGAGUACUUUCGGAGCGUCGAGUGGAGCCGAGCCGAACAGUUUAGGCACGGCCGCCGCGUGCCCUUCUACGCGGGGCCAGAGGAGGCAGGACUGUCUGGAUACGUGACGUCGGCGGGCAAUUUCUCAUUCGUAGUUGUCGCCAGAGCGGGACACCACCCAGGUUUCGACCAGACGCGUACCGUCAACGAGAUGAUGCGACGCUUCUUGAUGAACAAUCUGACGCGGCACGCUUAAACACCGAGCCGUUCGCGGAACAAAGUGCAUGGAGUCAACAGCCUAUACAGACACAGGCCGAGAAGUGAUCGCGGUGUUUUGGCUGGAUGCUGGGUAUACUUUAUAGAAGACUUUAUUCAACAAUCGAUGUGAACACAAAGGGACAUUUCCACGAAUUGGAUGCUGGCUCGUGACAAUACCACCAAUGUCUUCGUCGUUCCCAUUUUGAGGCCCUCGUUACUGCGUUUCCGUGAGUGCGCCGCCCGCUCUGGCAGGAAUGAGCAGCAACCACCGCAACCACCGCCAAUGUGCGCAGCCUACAAAGCGGAGAUAUUGUCGCCAUCUCGUUCUAGAUCCAGUGCUUACUUGGCGGAGUGCAAAACUUCAACGAGAAUGUGGCUUUCUCCGACUCCAGCGUAAAUUCUCUGAAAGACAUUCUGUGCAUGCAUGCCCGAACCAAGUACACAGAACUACUCUGAGCGCUCUUUUAAGGCAACUACUCUAUAGACUCGGCUGUGAAGGUGCCUUCGCGCCAAUAAUAAGUUCUUCAGCUUCGUGUAUAUCACAUACUUGAGUCGCCCACAUCUGCUUUGGUGUGCGUAUUUUACAUUGUUCCGAUGCACUGAUUUUAGACUGCAUGCUCUGUAGUAUAUCAAGCCUAAACGUUUUUCUCCAUCUCUCUCGUGGUAUGAUUUUUUUCUUCAAUAUGUGUUUAAUGCGGUCAAUGCUCGAAAGGAGUAUACUGUGCUUUAUUUUCCUUUUUAUAGCGCAGUCUGUUUUUAAUGCGAUUAGCAUUUCUUGGGAACUUCACCCAGUUUGCGGUAUGUUUGUUUGUCCUCGGCUAAUCUCUUUCACGCCAACAUGGGCAACUGGGCACCCCAUGGUCUAAUUGGUAGAGCAUUGGGUUGCUCUGCUGAGGGAACUGUGCCCGAAACCAACCGUUGCUCCAACUUGUGUCA